AUGAGAUCGAAGAUAGAUGGGACGACGAUAGGUUUCGUAAAACUCUCGGACAUCGAUUGAAGCUGAAUCGUCUUUCUCUCUACCUCUGUCUCUAUAAUUUCUUCCAAUUUCUCAAAUCUAUAGACUACCUAAUCCGUUUCAUCAGAUAAUCCUUCAUGGGAGGCGAAGCAGCAGCGGCAGCACUUGCUCCAGGUUUCCGAUUUCACCCAACCGACGAAGAACUCGUUAGUUACUACCUUAAGCGUAAGGUAUGCGGGAAACCCUUUCGUUUCGAUGCAAUCUCGGAAAUCGAUCUUUACAAAUCUGAGCCAUGGGAUCUUCCAGGUCUGUCGAGGCUGAAGAGCAGAGACCUGGAGUGGUAUUUCUUUGGUGCACUUGAUAAAAAGUACGGGAAGAGUUCGAGGACGAAUCGCGCUACAGAGCAGGGCUACUGGAAGACGACGGGGAAGGACCGGCAGGUCCGACGGAACAAUCGGAUGGUUGGGAUGAAGAAGACUCUCGUCUUCCACAUUGGACGUGCGCCGCAUGGCGAGCGGACCAAUUGGGUCAUGCAUGAAUACAGGCUUGUCGACGAAGAGAUAGUUAAAAUGGGUGUUGCACAGGAUGCCUUUGUGCUGUGUAGAAUUUUCCAGAAAAGUGGUGCGGGACCUAAAAACGGAGAGAAUUAUGGAGCUCCACUUAUUGAGGAUGAAUGGGAUGAGAAUGAUUUGGAUGAGAACUUGUUGUUUCCAAAGGGUGAGACCGGUGAUGAUGCCUUGUGUGAUGCUGGGGGUGAAGGAUAUCUUCAGCCUGAUGACCUUGAGCAGAAUAUUGACAUGGUUGCGCCAUCUGAAAACAUUCCUCUCCCGCUGAACUUUUAUUAUGGAGAUAGUUGCAACAACUUAGAGCAGGCUGAAGGCUUCCCUGUGGAUGAUCAGAAGGUCUUUAUUGGCAGGGCUGGACAAGAUGACUUGCCGGAGCCGCCCGAGGACCAAAAGUUCUUGGACUUACCAGAACAAUAUCAGAUGGACCUCCCACCUCUCGAAGAUGAAUAUUGUGUUGAAUUGAAUGACUUUUUGAAUCCUGUGGAUGGUGAUUAUAUUACUGAUAACCCAGUUAAUGAUGAAAUGAAAAGCUCCAAUGCUUCUGAUAAUUGCCCUGUUGACGAUGGUUCUUUCCUAGAAAUCAAGGACCUUCAAAACCCUGCUGAGGCAGUUCCUUCAGGGUUGGAAAUGCUCGAUGAGUACCUGACAUACUUUGAUGCUAUCGACAAUGACUUGGUGUCUGGGCCACUAGAUUCUUCUAAGAUCUUAGAUAGUAAAUAUCCCAUCUUGGACCAUUCAGCUUUCAACCAUGCGGUGAAUAGUGGAACUGGAGAACCACUGCCUAUGCCACAGCCCUCAAAUUCACUGGGUAGUGAAGGUGCAUCUUCUUCAAAGCAAAAGUCAGAUGAUAUAAAGCUUGAACCAGAUGCUCAAUAUGAGGGUUGGGACAAUACCCUUGUCAAAGGGGUCAGUCGUAUGUUGGGUUCUAUCCCCGCUCCUCCAGCAUUUGCUGAAGAAUUCUGUAAAAAAGAGGUAGCUUUGGGACAGAACUCGUCGACGCAGUCUCCCAGAUCAAUCCAUGUUACUGCCGGGGUGAUACGUAUUAGUGACAUGACAUUCAGAGGCACUGGACAGGACUGGUCAUUGUGCAAGGGUGAAGAUUUGGGUCUCCUCAUUUCCUAUGGCAUGACAAGGGGUGAUGUAAUGGCUACUGAACAGCUGAUAAACCUUUCCGUUGGUUUUGAACCUCUGGCUAAUCUACUCUCAGGUAAGGCGGGAUCUCUGAUGGUGCGAAGCUGGUUCUACCUAAUCUUCUUCUGGGUUCUGAUUCUUUCAAUGAGCUACAAAAUUGGAUGCUGCAUCUAUACAAAGUAAUACAGGUUGGACUAUUUAUUUAACCACACACGAAUUAUUCAAAAGGGGAAAAAAAAACCCUUAAUUGGACCAUUUAACUACAGUAUUAUUUUAUUAUUUGUUGUUGGACAAAGAAUAGUGUCGUAGGUUGAAGGUUAAGACUUAUGACAGGAUGUGCUCAUUAUAGGUAAUAUGCUUGAUUUGUUACCUGA